AUGAAGGUCACUUUUUCGCUUAUGCAGAAGGCAUCAAAACAGAUAGAUAAGUUCGCAUUGUACGUUCCCAAAAGCGGCGUGUUUCCUAAGGGAUUCAAAGUAGCCACUCAAGCUACUGGUGUCAAGAAAAAUGGCAAUUUAGAUCUAGGUAUCAUUAGAAAUGUUAAUACAUCUCGUCCAUCGAGUGCUGCUGCUGUGUUUACUACAAAUAAAUUCAAGGCUGCUCCAGUUCUUGUAUCUAAAGAAGUAUUGGAAGUUACUGGUGGUGAGAAUGUUGAUGCUAUUGUGGUUAACUCUGGAUGUGCUAAUGCCGUUACUGGGGAAGUCGGUUUGAAAGAUGCCAGGGAAAUCGCUGGUGUGGCUAAUCAAAACUUGGGUAAACAAAAUGCCACUUUGGUCAUGUCCACUGGUGUCAUUGGGCAAAGAUUAUCAAUGGAUAAGAUUGUACCAGCUCUAUCGCAACAAUUCGAAACCAAUGCGUUCAAAGAUGAUUUCGAAUCCUGGUUGAAUCUGGCCAGGGCGAUUUCCACCACCGAUACCUUCCCAAAGCUUAUUUCUUCCAAUUUCAAAUUGGCCAACGGUACUGAGUAUACUCUUACCGGUAUUGCUAAGGGUGCCGGUAUGAUUUGCCCUAACAUGGCUACAUUGUUGGGAUUCAUCGUUACCGAUUUGCCAAUCACUCCAUCUGCAUUGCAAAAAAUGUUGCGUUCCGCCACUGAUCGUUCCUUUAACUGUAUUUCAGUAGAUGGUGAUAUGAGUACUAACGACACUAUCAGUAUGCUUGCCAACGGUGCUGUCGAUACAGCUGUUAUUGAUGAAAACAGUCAGGAUUUUGUUCAAGUACAAACUCAAGUAACAGAAUUUGCCCAACGGUUGGCACAAUUAGUUGUCCGUGAUGGUGAAGGAUCCACCAAAUUUGUUACUGUUAACGUCAAGAACGCCUUGAAUUUCAAAGAUGCUAAGAUUAUAGCGGAAUCUAUUUCUAAUUCUAUGUUGGUUAAAACCGCUUUAUAUGGUCAAGACGCUAACUGGGGCAGAAUUCUUUGUGCUAUUGGAUACGCUAAAUUGGACAACCUACAAUCUUUAGAUGAUAAAAAGAUCAAUGUGUCCUUUGUUGCUACUGAUAAUUCGGAACCAAAGGAGUUGAAGCUAAUCGUUGAUGGUGUACCACAACUUGAUAUUGAUGAAGCAAGAGCAUCUGAACUUUUGGCACAACAAGACUUAGAAGUACUAGUUGAUCUCGGCACUGGUUCUGAAGAGUGUCAAUUCUGGACUUGCGACUUGACUCAUGAGUACGUGACUAUCAACGGUGACUAUCGUUCGUAA